CCACCACCCUCCCUCGCUCCCUCGGCCCCGCAUGGACAUCCAUCUCUCCACGCUCGCCGCCACGCUCGGCGCCAUAAGCGCCCUGCACGCCGAGUCGCGCGCCGCCGCGCUGCGCCCGCUGCCCUUCACCGCCGCCAUGCUCAACCUGCCCGCGCUCGACGUGCUGGCCUACAUUCGCGACGCCGACGCCCUCGACGCCGCCCUCUUCACCUAUCCCGCCCUGCCCGCCGCCGCCGACGACAAGGCGGAGCGCAGCAGCAGCAGCAAGACGCGCAGGGACGCCGGCGCAGCGGCCAGCUCGACGAGUGCAGCGGCCGCCGCGGCAGACGAUGCCGCGUCGCUGCUGGCGCCCCGCCUGCCCGAGCCGCGCCAGUUCCUGCCGCCGACGCCGCUGCGCAAGCCGGCGGCCGAGCGCGCGCCGUACGAUGCCCGCACGCUGCUCCUGGCCGCGCAGAAGCUCGUGGACAACUACCACAACGCGCCGCGCGCACGCCGGCACAUCAAGUCGCUGCUGCGCCACUCCUCGGAGCUGUCCAAGUCCGCCGCGUCGUACAAGCGCGACAUUGCCGCCGCCGAGGCCGAGAUUGCGCGUCUCUCGGCGCCCGGCGGCGGCGCCUCGGCGGCGGCCAGCAGCAGCGGCAGCAGUGCGCCGACGGCUGCGCGCUCGGCGGCGGAGAAGGAGGAGGCCAAGAGACUGGUCAAGGAGAUGGAGCGCGAGGAGAUGGAGCUGAUUGCGCUCGAGGAGAUGGAGAGGGAACUGGUGGAGCGCCGCAAGAAGCUGUCGCAGCCCAAGAAGCGUGCCUCUCCGGCGGCGGCGAUGCAGCAGCGCGAGGCGACUCCCUCGAGCGAGCCAGCGGUGCCCGAGCCUGCCGCGCCCGCCGAGGAGGCCGUGACUCUUGCCGCGCCCUCGAGCGACGCCGCGCCUGCCGCAGAUGCAUCCUCGGGCGGCGCAGAGGACGGCGACGACACACUGCGUCUUCCCUCGGCGGCCGACGACGAGCCGGCCUUGGCCGCUGCCGAAGAGCCGUCGCCUUCGCGCCUGCCGGAAGCGACCGACGAGCUGGAGCGCGUGACGGAGAACAUCUGGUCUGCGCUGGGCGAUGUGCUGCGCGUGCUGCGUCCCGAGUGCGAAGGGCUCGGCUUCCACGAGACGCUCGGCCUGCUGCAGGCGCUCAUGCGCGGCGAAGGCGCGAGCGGCCCAGCCGUGGGCGAGACGUCGCUCGGCUCGACGGCCACGGGCACCACUGCCUCCUCCGCCACGGCCGCAUCGAGCGCCGCCGCUCUCCCCGUCCUCGCACCCACGCCCACCACGGUGCACGCCGCCCAUCUCCUCGUGCUGCUCCUCAGCGCCCCAGCGCCGCACCAGGAGAACAUGAACGCCAUCAAGGCCGCGGCGCAGACGUGGUGGCACGAGCACGGCCGCCAGGCGUGGCUCGGCCACGGCGGCGCAAGGGAGGGCACCGAGGAGCAGGGCGACAGCCUGGCGACAAAGGCCAUGUAUCAGCUCGUGGCGCAGAAGAUUCUGCGCGUCAGACACGUCGGCGGCGGACGCGUGGUGAGCUUUGCCUAGAGAGGGGCCGAAUGCUCGAUCUCUCGUCUGCGCUCCCAAAAUCCUUCCUGCCCUGCUUCGAUACCCUUUCCUCGGCCCCCCGUGUAAUCCUUCUCGCUCUCUUUUCCUUUCCGCGCCGUCCUGCAAGGAUAAUGUAUAACAAGUCUCCCG